AUGGCAGGCCAGACGGUCGCCGACGCCGUGAGGGACCAGGCCGCGCUCUGCCUGCUCCUCCUCCGCCACCUCGGAAGCCUCGACGAGGGAAUGCCCACGCCCACCACCAACCUCGCUUUCUCGCCGAUCUCCUUCCAUGCAUUGCUCUCCCUCCUGGCCGCGGGUGCCUCGGGCGCCACGCGCGACCAGAUCGUCUCCUUCCUCGGCCCCGCGGGCGCAGAGGCACACGCCGCGCUCGCGUCGAAGGUCGCAUCCUUCGUACUCGUCGGCCGAGGGUUGGCCCAGGCCCAUGGAGCCACCGGCGUCUGGGUCGACGCCUCGCUACUCCUCAGUCCUACCUUCGCCGACACGGCCGCCGCUGUCUACAAGGCCGACGUUCGAUCGGUGGACUUCAGCAACAAGCCCAGGGAGGCGACGGCGGAGAUCAAUGAGUGGUUCGAGAGCAAAACGCGCGGCCUCGUCAAGAACAUCGUCUCCGAGCGCGAUUGCGACGGCUCCACGGCGCUCGUCCUCGGCAACUCGGUCUUCUUCAGCGGCUACUGGAACUCCCCCUUCUUCCCGGAGGUCACAGAGGAAGGCCCGUUCUAUGUCAACGCGUCGCCGGAGCACACCGUUCGCGUGCCGUUCAUGAAGGGGAGCCCGUUUCAGCAGAUCGGUGUCCACCCCGGCUUCAAGGUCCUGCGCAUGCCCUACCGUGGCGGCAGCGGCGACGGCGACCCGUUGUUCGCCAUGUACAUCUACCUCCCCGACGACCGCGACGGCCUGCCCGCGCUCGCGCGAACACUCAGCGCCAGCCCCGACGCGCUCCUGCACAGGUCGGUCGUGCCGGAGCAGCCCGUCCCGUUGGGCGAGCUCAAGAUCCCCAAGUUCGAGGUGUCGGUGAGGGUGGAGGCGUCGCGGAUGCUGCGUAACCUGGGGCUGGAGCUGCCGUUCCGUCGCUCCGGCGACUCAUUCUCGGAGAUGUUGAGCCCGCCGGCGCCUCCGGUGGCUGUCUCGUCCGUCGUCCACCAGUGCGUGGUCAAAGUCGAUGAGCGCGGGACGGUGGCCGCCGCAGGCACCGUGGCGAUGUCGGCGGGGUUUGGCAUGGUACGUGUUCGCCCUGUGGACUUCGUGGCAGAUCACCCCUUCGCCUUCUUCCUCAUGGAGGAUGUCAGUGGCGUGGUGGUAUUCGCAGGCCAUGUCAUCAACCCUUUGCGCCAUUGA